AUGGUUUACCCAGAAUGUAUUAAUGGCCAAAAGCUUUUAAGAGCUGUGAUUGAUAUCGAUGUAUCAAAAGAAGAUAUGGAAAUAGCUAGUGUUAAGGGACAGGAAGUAUUUAUUCAAAUCUGUUACUCUUUUAUAAGAGCUUUGUAUCAAAUUCUUGACUGUAAUUGGAAAGAAAUUCUCAAAGGAUUAGUAAUUACUACAUCUUCAGAUCCUAGUAAAUGCAAUUAUCAUAUUUUAUAUGCACUGGUUCUACUUAUUGAUCAUCAUGAGUUUAAAGUAUUCACUGAAUUAAUAUAUACCAUAAUAAGUGAAAAAUAUGGUAAAUUAUUGAUCAAAAAUUAUUUGAACGAGCUUGAUCAUACUAGAGUUCAACCAUCUACUAGUUUAUGUCUUGAACAUUUUAACUAUCUUAGGGAUUGGAUUAUUGAAGAAAGGACUCAGAAAACUUUGUAUAUUUCAACCGGCAAGCAAGGUAGUGAUGAACUUAGGAAAGUUUUUGAAUAUGACCCAUCUAUCAUAGAAAAAAUUAGACAAGAAAAUAAAAAAUUCUUCACAAUUAUCUUACAAUUGACAGAAAUAUAUGAGGAGAGGUAUGUAAGACAAUUAUCUAAUGAAGGUGAUAUUUAUGUGGGGUCACUUUGGGAAACGGAAAAAACUUAUAAUUUAGCUAUUUCUAAUGAUGUAAAUUUGCUAGUAUUAUCUAUGCGUCACUCUUACUUAAAUGCUAUUACUACAAGACUUAAUCUUAAGUCAUAUUGUGAUAUCAAUAAUAAUAUAAAUCUAUCCAAUCACAAGAGGGUAAUAUGUCAAAUAGAGAUAUCUAUAAUUGCUCAAGCACAAAGUUAUUUGGAUUGGAACAAGCAGAUAUCUUCAUUAACUUUUGCGAAUCGAACCAGUAUAUUACUCAUCUGUCACCUCAGAAAGGAUACGCAAGGAAUUAUUCGUAUACUUAAGACUGGUUUUUCAGAAUUACGAAUCAAAGAAUAUUAUGGUAAAUCAGAUUCUGAGGAAAAGGUUCAUGAUUUUAGCAAUGUAGAAGAAUCAUGGAAAGAUGUAGACCUAGUUGCCUAUAUUAAAGAAGGGUUAUUUCAAUGGUUGUUGAAUGCCAAAUGUGAAUGUCUUCCUCAAGAACUUCAGAACAGAGAAAUAUUUUUUGACAUAGGUUCUAUCAUCAGGAAUAAGGAUAUACCAACUGUUCGAUUAUGA